ACUCUAUCAACACAAUUAGCUCAAACAGUGCCGCGCAUGUCAGUCCGUCUUAUUUCCUGUUGUCACAUCUUUUGAUGUUGUGUUCUAAUAUCACAUUCGGAUGUUGCCCUUAGCCAGCGUCUCGUCGGACAUUAUUGUGGAAAUGAAUAUAGUGAAGAGUUGUCCCGGGGAGUACUGUGGAAGAGAGACUAUAGAUGCUGAUUGUGGGGCCUGUCCGCGGGGGUUCCAGCCCAACAGCAAGUCUCCCUGGUCACAGUGUACUGAGUGUGACGGCAGCCUGGCCCUGCAUGACUGGCUCUAUCUCGGCUUCAUGGCGCUGUUGUCUCUGGUGCUGCACUGGUUCUUCAUCGACUUCAAAACUCGGGGCAAACGAUUCAGGGCUGUGUUAGUGUUGCAUCUAUCAGCCUUGAUGGAGAGCGCCAUUGCUGCUGUCCUCACCCUGUUGAUGGCCGACCCGCUGGGAUCCAUGCACAUCCGAUCCUGUAACGUGAACAAGUUGUCCGACUGGUACACCAUGCUGUACAACCCCAGCCCCAACUACACAUUCACUCUACAUUGUACACAGGAGUUGGUCUACCCACUGUACACAAUGGUGAUGGUGUAUUAUGCCAUAUCACUGGUUCUACUGAUGGUCAUCCGACCCGUCAUCUCCUACAAGCUGGUUGAAGGCCGCGGCACCAAGUCCAUAUAUGCCGCCCUGUACUUCCUCCCCAUCCUCAUCGUGCUGCAGGCUGUGUUCGGAGGACUCCUGUACUAUGCCUUCCCGUUCAUUGUCCUGGUUGUCUCGGUGGUGACCAGUGCUGUUCAUCUUGCCUCCAUGAAGGAACAGAAAAUGAGGGAUCUUAUAGUUGACAGUUUCACCAAUGGAAGAAAUGCAACUAUUCUGAUCGGACACUGGCUUCUACAUGCGUAUGGAAUCAUAUCUCUGACACUGCUGAAACAACCCGGCUUCCAAGCCCCUCUCAUAGCCCUGGUGCCAUUCCCAGCUAUUUUCUAUGUGUUAACAGUCAGGUUCUCAAAUCCAGAUAACCUUGGAAGGACUUGAGUGCAGCACCACCUUGGUGUUAGUGUGUUAUGGUUGUGUGUUCCAGGUCACAAUUAACAUUGAAUACAGCCACGUGGUGUGUGCAAAGAGGAACAAGAUGUCGGCCUUCUGUGAGUAACUAUGGCAACAGCAGAGAAGGCAACAGCUUAUGGUCCAGAAUGAUAUUGCUUGGUUUGCCUUGAAACUUACCAAUAUACGUCUGCAAGGGUUACCAUGGUUACAGAUCUCCAUAAAUUCAUCAUUCCAUGUAGCUAAGUGGUGGUUUUGUAAUGCUGGCUGUGAAGGCAGAACGUCAAACCUGAGCGCAAAAUUUGCUCGGUCUAAGAAGUUGCAAUUUGCUGUGCAGUUGCCAGGAUCUGCUUAUCUGGGCUGAAUGCCCAAUUAUGAUCCUUGAUCUGUCUCAUUCACUCUGUGACCGUCCUCACUAGUCAUACAGUCAGAACUAGUCUGUGAAAAUACUCAUUCUCAAACUGUGAUAAUGCGUAUCAUUAUUUUUGUCAUACGAGGAUCUUGAUGUUUUCUGUUAUAAAGCAUUAUAAUGGUAUGUGUGUUACACUGAUUUUCAGAAAGAUGUACAAGAAUUCAUGCAUUGCCCUCACUCUCGCUCCGGUAAUACAAGAUUCUGACACUUGUUUCAUAAAAUCAGUAUGACACACAUGCUUGUAUAAUAAUGUCCUUAUUUCCCAUAAAUCCUAACCUUUGAGCUCCACUUUAGAAAAAUGCUCUGAUCACAACUGCAGUCUUAGAAAAACACAAUAGUCGAAUGACGUCAACAAUCUUCAGCUAUGAUGUUGUUUCUAGUGUGAUGUUAUUCCAACCUUACGUCAUUCCGACCUUACGUCAUAAUAAUAUUCGAGGAAGUCAACAAUGCCGUCCACAUGACGUAAACAAUACACUGGUGCACUUGAAUUGACGUUGCACUAAUGCACAUACGAUGGCCUCGGUUAUUUCGAACCUUAUGGGUAAUAGAAGGUAUCAUUAAGUGUAAGAUAGUGUUGUAAGGCUAUACUAUCUAAGUGAUAACAUUUGCCAAUCAUCCGGUGAAUAUAGUGAAUGUCUAUCACAUGGUUGGCGCAUUUCUGAACAUCCCUAUGUAAGUUUUUGUAAGACACACUGAUUCCAGUGAAAAGUGUUAACAUUUGAAAAACGGAACCAAGUUGACGGACGACAAAGUAGAGAUUAUGUAUGGAUGACAACUUCUUUAUAUACUGUAAAGGCAACGUUUCGGUAUAGAUCCUUAUACCGUUGUCCUUGCUUGAUAACAGUAUUAGGAUUUAUACAGAAAUGUCACCUUUACAGUAAAAAAAGAAGUUGUUAUCCAUACAUUAUCUCCACUUUGUCAGGCGUAAGUACUUAACUUAUAGGGCACUGGUUACAUAUCAAGAAGUAUAUCAAUCUCCAUAAAAUCAGAUCUUUUACUCCAUUACGAAACCUGCCUGCCUGAAGAUCUGACAAACGCUCCAGAAGUCACGUCCAGUGAACCCUGGGUGGAUGUUGACCGCCAAGUCUAAAUCGUGUAAAUGAAGGAUCUGUGGGUUUGUUUAGAACCAAUCGGACAUCAAGCCUCUAAGAUGAUUAGGCAUUUUUUUUUGCACUUUAUUUCAAAAGUUUUACUCAAAAUAGAAAUAUUCAUAGUACUUCCUUUUCAGUGUAAUGCCAUUGUGCUCCGAAAUAACAGGAUGAAUAAUAUAACCACAAUAUUAUCGUGUGGCCACUAUUGUUUCCAUUCAGAACUGACAGUUUAUGUUUCGAGAUACAGAAAUAAGAUUUGCUGUGACAGUCUGUAUUAAUUACAUGCUCAGGAAUCUGAAGUUCUAAUUGUUACAAUGAAAUGUGAUUUGUAUUUCAGAGAAAGCCCAGAAUUGUACCAUUGAUUGUAAAUAAAACAAAAUUGAAA